AACAAAUAAUUUGAGAAUGGCUGAGUUUUUAGCUUCAAUAUUUGGAACUGAAAAAGAUAGGGUAAACUGUCCGUUCUACUUCAAGAUAGGAGCGUGCUGUCACGGGGAGCGGUGUUCAAGACAGCACAAUAAACCAACCUUCAGCCAGACUCUCUUACUGCUUCACAUGUACCAGAACCCAGUACACUUUCAAAAACAAGGAGUUCAAUUUACUGAAGAAGCGGUUCAAAAACAUUUCGACGAAUUUUUCGCAGAUAUUUAUUGUGAACUUGAAGAGAAGUAUGGGCCUAUAGAUGAACUCAACGUUUGUGAGAAUUUGGGCGACCAUUUGAUUGGUAAUGUGUAUUGCAAGUUUCGGCGAGAAGAAGAUACUCAAAAAGCAGUUGAUGCUCUCAAUAACAGAUGGUACAAUGGAUCCCCUAUAUAUGCUGAACUUUCCCCUGUCACUGAUUUCAGGGAAGCAAGUUGUAGACAGCACGAGUUAUCGGAAUGUUCUAGAGGUGGAUUCUGUAAUUUCAUGCACAUCAAGACGCUUUCAAGAGAAAUGCAGAAGACUCUAGGAGUGAGAACAGUGCAGCACUUCACUGAUUGGAACAAGGGCGGUAGAGGAGGACCCCGCGGAGGAGGCGGAGGAGGUGGAGGUGGAGGCGGUGGUGGUCGUGGAGGAGGCGGCGGAGGUGGAGGAGGCGGCGGAGGGUGGGGGUCACGUGGUGGUCAUGACAGUCGGGAUAGCUUCAGAGACAAGGAUAGGAACAGAGACAGGGACCGGAGGAGGCACUAGUUGCCACUACAGUUUACUGUGUAUAUCAAUGCAACUAUAGACUGUUUUAAUAUAUUAAUUUAUCAUACAUCGUAUUCAAUACAUUGAAUUAGACGAACUUUAUAUGUUGGAUUCAGGUCAAGUCCAUUUAUAAUUCUGUGUACCGCGUAUUUGAACGUAACUUAUUUACUUAUCCUCCUUCAAGUUUUCUAAGGUAGUUUUCACUAUUUUUUCCUGAUUUUCUCUUAAUGUUAACGAUCUUUUAGGGUUGGAUUUAAUUUUGAAUUUUAUAAGGAUUCUAAAAUUUGUGAAUAGAACAUUCCCAGAAAUAGAGUUGACCUGUGUAAGUUAAAUCAGUUGUUGGUUUCUAA